AUUGUAAAUAACACCUUCCCACUCGGUUAACAACGCAUUAUAAAUCAUAGGAGGAGGAUCUCAGGAAUGUAAUUGAGGGCCGUUUGAGCCAAUUAAGGCUUCGCACCCGAAUCUCCACCAAUGACUGAGAAGGAGGCGAGGUCUUGGAUGGACUCGGGAUGGCGUUGGGAAGAACUUGGAUAAUUUCAGUCGAGGAAAAUGGAAAAAGGGACAAUUCAUUUAUAGGAGCAGAAGAAGUUAUUCCUCAGUGUUUGACAGGGAUUUGUUUGCACAUCUUUACUGUGGAACUAGGAAAAAUAACGAUAUUCAUCAGGAUUCGAAAUAUGGGCCAUGUGUGAUUGAAGAGGACCACCACCACCAGGCUUGCUGAGGGAACCUGUAUGCCCAGAGAAAUGGCAACCAGUAUGGACAUUGUGGAAGACUUCCCUCCCCCGCCUCCUGAAAUGUUGGCGGAAGAGGUGCCCUAUGCCGAUGAAGAAGAGGGGGAGCAGUUUGAGUUUGAUGACAGUGGGGAUGAGUUCCCUGAGGCAGACCGGCCACCCCAUGCCCCUCCAACCCCAGACUACGGGGGCAAGGCCCAGAUCAAUGGUGUGGCACCUCACCCACAGCAGGAAGGACCAGACCCCCGGCCCUCCAACCCGGAGACCACAGCAGCAGCAGCAUUGGACACAGAUACAGUGGCAGCUGAACCACCAGUUCCAGUAGCCAUGGCUACAACAGACACAGUGGCAUCAGCACCGGAUCCUCCGGUAGCCAAUUCUCCAACAGAAACAACAGCUCCAGUGGCAGCAGCAGAAGGGGACAAGACUUCAUCUGUCCCAGCUGGCGCAGACCGUGACUUACCCCCUCCUCCACCCCCAGAGGACUCCACUCCUGUAGGAACAGACUCUGUGAACACAAAUAAGGAUGUGUCCAGUGAUGACCCUCCCCCGGCCGUCCCCAGGACCACCUCCCAGAGGAAAGUCAACCCCUACUCUGUGAUUGAAAUCACCCCCCUCCAACUAGAGCAACUGGAGCAGCAGCAUGGGCCCGUCCCUACCUCUUCCUCACCGGUUGAGAGAGUAGGAGGAGAGGGGGAGAGGGAGGGGAAGGGCCAGGAUGUUCCCCCCGCCAGCCCCCUCUGUGUCCCUCCGGGCUACUCUGUGCCCGUGCCCUGUGGGUACGCCACCCCCUCUGGUGUGCCCCUCAUUACGCCAGCCUACACCACGCCCGUCAUCAUCCGACACUUCUCCGUGGACGAGGAGGAUACUGUGGUGGGGACAGGCAACAUUUCUGUUGAUAUUGAAGAGUAUCCUGCCAUCAGAGAGGAGGAUGCUUUGUCUAAAUGGGUGUCGGACCCUGCAAACACAGCCUGGAUGGAAAAUCCAGAUGAAGUCAUUUAUGAUGACGUGCCCAGAGAGAACUCUGACUCCACUACAGAGCCAGACGAGAUGAUCUAUGAUGAUGUGGAGUUUGGGGAGGAGGGCUGUGGCAGCUCCCUGGACAACGGUUGGAGUUCCAGCGAGUUUGAGAGCUAUGACGAGCAGAGUGACGGGGAGGGCCGCGGGGAGAAUGGCCUGCCUGACGCCUUCAUGAGAGGGAAGCCCCCACAAAGGAAGACCCAUCUUUCUCAAGAUCUGACACGCUUGAAAGAACACUAUGAGAAAAAGAUGAAAGAUCUUAUGGCAAAUACAGUGGGAACAGUAGAGCUGCAGCAGAUAAAACAGAAACACGAGCAGAAGAUGCAAAAGCUGGUGAAGGCAGCGAGAGAUGGGACAAAAGACGGCCUGGAGAAAACCAAAGCAGCAGUGAGAAGGGGAAGGUCGUAUAUCAAGACCCACUGUCACGAGAGGAAGUCAACCUGUUUUGAGGAUGAGGAGUCGGAGCUAUUCAUCGAAGUGGAAUGCUUCAACAUGGAGCCAGUGCUCAGUCCCGUCCCUGAGGGGCUCUCACAACAACAGGUGGUGAGGAGGUGUAUACUGGGCUCCAUAUUAGAGAGUGAGAAGAACUAUCUCGAUGCACUGAAGCGGAUUUUAGAGCAAUAUGAAAAGCCACUUUUGGAGAUUGAGCCCAGGUUGCUAAGCGAUAGGAAGCUGAAGGUGACAUUCUAUCGUAUCCGGGAGAUUCUCCAGUGCCAUGCCCUGUUCCAGAUCGCCCUGGCGUGCCGCGUGGCCGAGUGGGACAGUCUGGAGAUGAUCGGGGACGUCUUUGUAGCCUCGUUCUCCAAGUCCAUGGUGCUGGAUGCCUACUGUGAGUAUGUGAACAACUUCAGCACAGCCAUGGCGGUUGUCAGGAAGACGUGUGCUUCCAAACCCAGCUUCCUAGACUUCCUCAAGCAACGUCAGGACAUCAGCAGUGACCGGGUCACUCUCUAUGGACUCAUGAUGAAGCCCAUCCAGAGAUUCCCUCAGUUCAUUCUACUGCUGCAGGACAUGUUGAAGAACACACCAGCAGGCCACAGUGACAGACUGCCCCUACAGAUGGCCCUGACAGAACUGGAGACCCUGGCUGAAAAGCUCAAUGAGAAGAAGCGGGAGGCUGACCAGCGCUGUGAGAUCAGACACAUAGCCAAGGCCAUGAACGAACGCUACCUCAACAAGCUUCUGAGUAAUGGCAGCCGCUACCUGAUUCGCUCUGAUGACAUAGUGGAGACGGUCUACAACGACCACGGAGAGGUGAUCAAGACCAAGGAGCGACGCCUAUUCCUGCUCAACGACGUGCUCAUGUGUGCCACGCCCAACGUCCGGUGCAGUUUGGAUGGCAGUGGUAGUGGCAACGCCACCCUGGGUCAGAAGUUCCUGCUGAAGUGGAGUGUCCCUCUGAGCUUUGUGGACGUAGUCAAGUUUGGCUCCAGUGAAGACAUGGGUGACAACAGCCGCUUCACCCCACAACCCCACUCUGGAGAGAAGGUGAUCAUCAAUGCCAAACCAAAUAAGCUGUACAUGGGUCCAGGCCAGCUGUACCAGGACCUGCAGAACCUCAUCCACGACCUCAGCCUGGUCAACCAGAUCUCCAGCAUGAUCGGAAGCCUCAAGGGAAACUACCAGAACGUUAACCCUGCGGUGGCCCAUGAUUGGGUGUCAGGUCUGCAGCGUCUCAUCCUGAAGAAGGAGGAAGAGAUCCGGGCUGCAGACCGCUGUAGGAUCCAGCUGCAGCUGCCUGGCAAACCGGACAAAUCUGGCAGGCCCACAUACUUCAGUGCAGUGUUCAAUACGUUCUCUCCUGCCAUCAAACAGUCAUGGAUCAGUAACCUGCAGAUGGCCAAGCUUGCUCUGGAGGAAGACAACCUGCAGGGCUGGUUCUUUGCAGAGGAUGAUGGUAACCAGAUCAAGAAGCAGAAACAUCCUCUCCUGCUCAGGCAGAUGCCUGUGGUCAUGUCCAAACUACAGGAGUUCAAGGUGGAGUGUGCGGUCCAUAACCCCGAGCCCCACAUCAACAUAGAGAGCACAGCAGACACCCCUGCUCUGGGACACGGCUGUGUGUGGGUGGCGAGCUGCACCAAUCAGAUGGGUCAGAUAGCCAUCGUAGCCAUGCAAAACUCCAGCCCCAAAGUGACAGAGUGCUUCAAUGUUGAGUCACGGAUCCUGUGUAUGGCGUAUGUACCCAUGGAGCAGAGGACCCAGGAGAACGGGGAGGGGAACCCCGAAAAUAAUCACUCCUCAGCAGGGAAGACCAGUGAUGCCCCCACGGUCUGUCUGGGCAUGGAGGAGGGCAGCAUCAUAGUCUAUAAGAGCAGCCAGAGAUCCAAGAAGGUCCGUCUACAACACUUGUUCACCCCAGACAAGUCUACCGUGACCAGCCUGGUACACAAGAAGCAGUGUUUAUACACUGGCCUCGUGAACGGCUCAGUCACCAUCUACUCCAGAGCACAAGAUGGCUCGUGGAAUCCAGACUCUCCUAAGGUGCUGAAGCUGGGGGUUCUGCCAGUGAAGGCCAUGCUAGCUGUGGAGGAACAUGUCUGGGCUUCCUCUGGAGGACAAGUCUUCAUCAUCAGCACUACCACACACACUGUGGAGGGAACCAGAGGGUCUCAGUCAGCAGUCUACUGGUGUGCCAUGGUCUGCUGCUGGUGGGGACCAACCUGGGGGUGACAGUGGCCCUCUCUGUCCCCAGACUACAGGGAAUCCCCAAGGUCACAGGACGGGGCAUGGUAUCCUUCCACGCCCACCAUGGCCCAGUAAAGUUCCUCACCAUGGCAGCAGCGGUGUGCAACCGGCCCUCUGGCAGCCCAGGCCACAGCCUACCUAGCCAGCCAGGAGGCACCAAGGACGGGGAGAAGGCCCAGGCCUCCCCACCUCCAACCCCAGGCUCCACACCCACUCUAGCUCCCACCCAGGGCCGGGGAGUGUGGCUGGGGGAGGCAGGCUGCACUUCCAUGGCCCUCCAGGACUCCCUGUCCUCCUCCUGUGGCUCCCUGGCUCUGUCCCAGGGCUCUCUGGAGCACGGGCUCGAGGACGGGGCCAUCUAUGACCUGGUCAAUGAUCCGGCCCACCACCAGAGGGGCAGGAGGGUCCAGAGGGUGGACGUCAGCUCUCUGCUGGUGGUUUCAGGGGGGCUGGGUCACCACAGGGUCAACAGGAAGACCAAACAGUCCCGUCAGGAGGAGACGGUGUCCAACAUCAUGGUGUGGCAGAUCCCUCUACUCAACAUGUGAGAGAGACCAGAGAGUAGAGAGUAACUAGUUCAGUGUAACAAGACUGAGGAUGCUGCAGUUCCUACUUGAUAUCAGUGACAAGGAUAUCCAUUAAUUCCCAUGGUUGUCUGGACUUUGGGAUCAAUCAACUCAACUAUGUGUCUUAUAAUGAGAAAUACUCCAGAGGGCAUCACAUGAAUAAUAGCAAGAGUUUCUGAUAUCUUCUACCCAGUGACCUUCUGUUCAUGUGGGACAUUCCUAUUGGGUAAUGGGUACAAAUGGAUCAAUACACUUUAACCACUUAAUAAUGGCCCCUGACUUGAAUCCAAUGAAGAGUACCUGAAUAUGUAGAAAAACCACUGGAAUGUCCCUAAUGUCAUUCAUAUUAUGUCAUUUUGAGAGAGGACCGAUGAAAUGUUACUUGUUAUAACAUGGCUAAUAUUUUGUGUGACUGAGACGUGCCUGAUCACCAGAGUGUUGAUGGCACAAUAAUUGUAUCCGGGCUAAUCACAUAGAUAGACAUCAGACAUUCCCAUUUUCCUACGUAGACAGAAUUUGAGGAAAGCCAGGCAAAAAUGUCUACUCCGACACUUCCACUGUUAGGAACAAGCAUUAUUUGGGGCCAAAGCCUUCUCAUGAUCAUAUCCACUGGCCGUGCUAUGUUCUAUGAAUUGGGUCUGUUAAUAGAUAUGUUUACUUGUUUGUUAUUGGGUCAGGGAGAGAUCAUUUGUCCGCAAUGGUGCCCAUAUUUCAUUGGUACACUGAAGCUUAAAGUGUGCUUAUAUUGUCAUCAAGUGGCUACGGAGGGUGAGUGGUUGCUGAUAUGAGGUAUGAUGGGACUUCCUGGCUGGCCAGGUUUCCAGUAGAUCCUAAAUGGAGGGAGAGUCUAACUGUUACCAGAUGAAAAGAAGGGGUUGUUACUUGCUCAAAUACAUUUGUCACUAAAGGAUAUUUAAAAAAAUGUAACUAAAGCUUUAUACUUUUGUGCCAUUUUGUAUGUACUUCUGUUGUGUAUAUUAACACUAUACAUGUUUUAUUCA